AUCACAGCCUGCAAUUAUCAACGUUGUUAUAUUUAUUGUUGAGUUAUUAUAGUGAUUAGCCUGUUUGACUGCUUGUUUGAAUUGGAGGGGUUUAAUCCAAAUCUCAAUAACCCAAAACACAAGUUGACCUACAGAUAAUAUAGACUUGGACCUGUGCUCUGUCAGUGGAAAGUUCAGGAAUAGAAGGUUAUAUGUAUCUAAUUAAUAGACAAAAUAUUAUUGUACGUGAAUGCUGAGGGGGUCCAUGGGAUUUAUUUUACGGUUGAAGGAGUCUAUGGCAGUUUGUUUGAAGUCUACAUUUCUGCUGCUGCUGCUGCUGAAGGGAAUUUUGAAUCGCCUUUUCAUGUAGAGUGUAUUGGCCAUUGUCGUGUGCCGUAUUUUGGUUGCCUAGAAACCGUUCAAACAACCCGACAGGUGCAGAGCUGAAGUGUGCGCAGUUAGACAUAUGUUUAGAUUUUCAAAAUCGAAAAAGUGUGUCUCAUGAUGAAUAAGGAGCUAAAUGAAGAAGCAAUGCAAGACCUCUACGCUUGGAUCGAUCAAAUCAAACUCUCCAGACCUAAAAGGAAUAUCUCACGCGACUUCAGUGAUGGAGUUAUGGCUGCUGAGGUUGUGAAGCACUUCUUCCCCAAGCUGGUGGAGCUACACAACUACACACCUGCACACUCCACUCAACAGAAACUGAGUAACUGGAACACGCUAAACAGGAAGGUUUUCUCCAAGCUGAAUUUCCAUGUACCAGCGGACACGUUAAAGAAGAUCACACUCAGCACCCCGGGCAGCAUUGAGCCAGUUCUGUGUGCUCUCAGAGAGAGAUUAGAGGACAAACAAGCAGGGAGAGUUUCAGAUGGCAUUCAGGAUUUAGAAUACUACAGCACUGUGAAUGAAAAAGCAAAAACAGCAGAAAAUGGCCAGAGCACUUUCCAGAACUCUCACAAGACAGCAGGUCCUGUGAAAAAGACCCAGAAAUCUAAUCCUCCUAUAGUACUGGGUGAAAAUGUAGACCCAGCUCUCCACUUGCUUUUGGAGGAGAAGGAGCAGGCUCUGUUGGCUUUACAGGAGACUGUAGAGAUUUUACAAAUAAAAGUGAACAGGCUGGAGCAUCUGGUACAUCUGAAGGACCUGCGCAUUGAGGACCUGACCAAGCACUUGGAGAGGUACAAAGCCCGCACCAAUAUUCCAUGAACACCAGUACCAUGAACACAGUAUGAAACCAAACAAGGGCUGAAGACUUUUAACCUUUGUCCUUUUUGUCCUUUAAGUCAUCUUGUUUUCCUCACGCUAUAAUGCUAUCACUGAUAAGUGAUGUGUAUUCUGAAUUUAGUAAUUUUAAUGAAUAAUGCUGUAAUAAGAAUAUUCAAUGUGAUCCUGAGCAUUCUUAAAUGUAUCAGCAUAAUCGCACUGUACGUACCUUGUGAAAUUAUUGUAUUUUAACAGGUUUUUAUUUGUUUUCCUUUUUUUUUUUUUUUAUCAUUGCCAUUCUGUGUUCUGUAGCUGCUUAUUACUUAUGUAAUACUGUUUGGCAGUAGAUUGUGACAUCAUCUUGUAAAUCAUUAUUUAUGAAAUUUGAAUGUUUUGUUGAAAUUUCUUUAAAUUCCUCAUUGCUUGUGUUCCUGAUACUUAGUUUUGACCUAAAUAAAACACAGUAGACAGAAAAUGUUGAAAAUAAGCAGUGCAACUCUCUUGUAAAUAUUCAACUAAGUUUGUUUUAAUUAUAAAUUAAUUUUGGUUGCCACACAAAGGUUA